UCGAUGUUGGUCUCAGCGCCUAGGCUGAAAUCAGCAGAUUGGCUCAUGAAAACUUAUGUAUUGAGACAAAGGAAAGGAUCUAGCAGGAAGCAACAUCUCUUAUCCUGGGCUUGGCAGCAAGGAAGAGGAUGAGGAGUGGAGAUCCUGCAAUCUGAAAAGCAGACUGAAAGGUGACAAAGAAGCUGAAGAUGGGAGGUGGAGAGAGGUAUAACACUCCAGCCCCUCAAUCUAGAAAUGUUAGUAAGAACCAACAAGAACACAACAGACAGAAGACCAAGGAUCAUAAUUCCCAGAUGAAGAUCGUCCAUAAGAAAAAAGAAAGAGGACUCGGGUACGCUCCGUCGGCAGCUGCAUGGCAGGCCAUGCAGAAUGGGGGAAAGAACAGGAGCCUUUCUAACAACCCGAAUUGGAACGCUAGCUUAUCAAGACCGAGCUUGCUUUUUAAGUCUCAAGUUAACCAGAACUAUGCUGGAGCCAAAUUUAGUGAACCACCAUCACCAAGUAUUCUUCCCAAGCCACCAAGCCACUGGGUUCCUGUUUUGUUGAACCCUUCAGAUAAGGAAAUAAUGACAUUUCAACUUAAAACCCUACUUAAAGUACAGGUUUAA